AUGCCCUCCACGGCGCAGACACCACUUCCAAGCAACCAACCCCAACCUCAGAUUCGCCGUCUCCCCACCCUCCAACCAAAGGCCGAUCUGGAGCGUGACCGUGACCGUGACCGUGAACGACGACUCCAGGAGGGCCCGCCGCCGAGAGGGGGUAGUGGACCCGGCGACGGAAACACCAUGAGCUCGUCGACGCCAUCAGCUUCAUCGUCUUCAGCAUCCGGUGGUGUUGUCGAGAAACCCUACCACGCAAAACGCCCGCACAAAAAGAGCAGGACCGGCUGUCGGAACUGCAAGUCCAGAAAAGUCAAAUGUGACGAGGCAAAGCCGUCAUGUCGUGCCUGUACCGCCAGGAACGAUCGAUGCGUGUACCCAGUCAUCACACCAACAGCAACUGCCACGGCGGGAGCUCGCAAUCGCGGGGCUACUAACAGCAGCAGCUCAGCUGUUGUUGCGACGACUCCCGCACGCCGACGAGCUCUGGCUCCGGUUCAGGAGCCCGAGUUCAUCCCCAUGGAGCGCGAUGACCUCGAGAUGAGGCUCCUCUGGAUCUACACCAACAACACUUACACGUCCUACUCCUCUGGGCCUUUCCGGCACCGCAUGGUUGACCACGUCCUCAGGGCCGACGUGAUCCAGCACGCGUUCGCCCACCCGUUCCUGAUGAACACCUGCCUUGCCAUGGCAGCUCAACACAUUAACCGGGCGGGCGGCCGUCCCGACAUGCAUAUCCCACCUUCCAAGGAGCUCACCUACCGGGUCAAGGCCCUGGAGAGCUUCAGAAAAGCAGUCGAAAAGGCCGAAGCGUCGACCUACCCGGCCCUCAUCGCCUGCGCAUACCUCCUCACCGGUCUGUCAACAUACAUGUUCCGCAACAACAACGACAGUCCAACCUCCCUCGUGAUCCUCGACUGGAUGACAAUCUGGCGAGGCAUCGGCGCCAUCAUCGACGUCACCAAACUGCCCACCCUAGCCCAGUCCGGUCUCCUCCCCAUCAUCUUCCGCCCCGACAUCGACAUGAAAACUUCCAUCAGCCACUGCCCCGCCUACCUCCUCGACCUAGCCAACACCCAAGACCCCCUCGACACCCCCUUUCUAGCCGGCUACCGAGAAUGCCUCCAAGUCCUCGGAUCAGUCUACGAAGAACUCCGACGCUCCGGCCACAACAGCCACAUGUUCAUCUGGCGCGUCAUGACCUUCUUCACCUUUCUCGGCCGAGAAUUCGUCACUUCAGCCCACCACCGCCGCCCCCCAGCCCUGACCAUGAUCGCGCACUACCUCGCCCUCACAACCAUCAUCUCAGACAGAGUCUGGUGGCUGCAGGACAUGGCCCCCCACCAAAUCCCCCGCAUCUUCAACAUUAUCGCCGGCAUGGGACCCCCCCACACCGCUCUGGAUCGAACCCUCCCCUUGGAGAUCCCAAUCCGCUGUCUGGACCCCAUGACCAACGACGAAAGAUCUAGACUUGUACUUCAAGACCCGGACUGGGUCCAUCCUCCCGAUCAUACUGGGGAAAUGCCUGUUACUUACGACAGCGCGGAAAGGGAGUACCUCAAUACCAAAAUGUUGCGAGGACAGUCGAGGUCUCCGUCUGUUUCUUCCCCUCCUCCGCUGAGUGCGGCGGGGUCGUCGGAACCGCCUAGCCCGCCGGCUCAGAGGAAGGAGGUGGUGGCGUUGUAUACAAAGGAUGAGCUGAUUAUCCCGCCGGAGGAUGGGCAGGAGAAGGGGGUGCAGUAUAGGCAUUUGGAGGGGGCGUAUUAUGCUGUUGAUGGGGUGAGGGUGACGGAUACAGAGUUUUAUAGGGCGAUGGGGUUGGAGAGGGGUGGGGGGAUGAUUACGGAGAUGUGA